AUGGAUGAGUUUAACAAUACGGACACGGACAGCGACUACACGUCGUUCUGGAGAGAUUGGUUUAUAUCUUCCCGGGGCAAUGAAUAUUUCUGCGAGAUAGAUGAGGAAUACUUAACAGACCGGUUCAACCUGACAGGCCUGAACACGGAAGUGCAAUACUACCAAUAUGCGCUGGACAUGGUGACGGACCUGUUCGACCUGGACGCAGACGACGACCUUCGAGAACAAAUCGAGAAAUCAGCCCGGCAUCUGUACGGUCUGGUCCACGCACGUUACAUUGUUACUACACGCGGAUUAGCAAAGAUGGUUGAAAAAUAUAAAAGCGCUGAUUUCGGCAAGUGUCCUCGCGUGAUGUGCGAGCAGCACCCUCUCCUACCCAUGGGCCAGUCCGACAUCCCCGGGCAAAAACCAGUCAAGCUCUACUGCGCAAAAUGCGAAGACAUAUAUAACCCCAAAUCAUCCCGCCAUGCCGCCGUCGACGGUGCCUACUUCGGCUCAUCCUUCCAUAACGUGCUGUUUCAAGUCUACCCCGAUCUAAUACCGGACAAGUCACGGCAGAGGUACGAGCCUCGAGUGUUUGGGUUUAGAGUGCAUGCGUGCGCUGCGCUGGCGAGAUGGCAGGAUCGAAAACAAGAGGAGCUACUUGGCCGGUUACAUGCGUUGGAUAUGGAGAGUCCGUUUAUUGAGGAUAAGGAAGGGGAGGAUGACGAGGAUGAUCUGGAGGAGGACGAUGAGGAAGAAGAAGAAGAGGAAGAGGAUGAAGUUGGGGAUUCGAUCAUGAAGGAUGAGAGUAUGCCUGUUCUUGCGUGA